AUGAGCCAAACACGUACUCAUGAACAAACUCUUGCAAAAGAACCGUGGUAUCAUGGACUGUUGCCACGUGAAGAUAUGAAAGUAUUACUCACCCAAAAAGGAGAUUUUCUCGUUCGAUUCACUGAUCCGAAAGUUGGAGAAUCCAGAAAGUUUGUUCUCUCCGUCUAUGUUGGAGUGGCUGACGAUAUUCGUCAUUACGUUAUCAGAGAAAUGGAAAACAAAUUCGCUGUAGAUAUCAAAUGGUUCGCAACGAUUCCAGAUCUUCUCAACUAUCAUCAUCGUACCAAGGAACCAGUUGCUACUGGAAGUGUCGAAUCAGUUCUCAUUCGUCCAAUCGGUCGUGAACCUUGGGAAAAACAACAUUCGGAUGUGACUUUGUUGAAGAAAUUGGGUGAAGGAGCAUUCGGAGAAGUACAAUUAGGAGAGAUCCGUAUUGGAAAUACUGUCAAGAAGGCGGCUAUUAAACUUGCAAAGUUGGAAUCUCUGACAAAAGAACAAAUCAAAGAAAUAAUGCACGAGGCUAGAUUGAUGAGAAAAUUCAAACAUCCAAAUGUGGUAACUUUUUAUGGAGUGGCAGCUGGACAGGAGCCAUUAAUGGUUAUUAUGGAAUUAGCUGAGAACGGAGCACUCGAUUCAUACUUGAAGAAGAACACGGGCGCGUUAUCAAUGUCCAAGAAGAACGAUAUGGUUUUUCAAGCAGCUCUUGGCUUGGAAUACCUUCAUUCUCUUCAAAUCAUUCAUCGAGAUAUUGCAUCCAGAAACUGUCUUUAUGGAGGUGGACAAGUGAAAAUAUCAGAUUUCGGAAUGUCGAGAGAAGGAUCCAGUUAUCGAUUGAAUCCUUAUAAAAAAGUUCCCAUCAGAUGGUUGGCUCCAGAAGUUCCACGUACUGGUUUCUAUACUCCGAAAACUGAUGUUUUUGCCUAUGGGAUCAUGUGUUGGGAGGUGUAUCAUGACGGAACAGAACCAUAUCCAGGCAUGAAAGUGGCUGAAGUGUUGCCACGUGUACAGGACGGAUAUCGGAUGCCAUUUGAAGGUGGGGUCGCUGCAGCAGUUGUGAAGUAUAUUACAGAGCGUAUCUGUGCUGGUAUUGAAAACGAGCGUGUCACAAUGUCGGAUGUUGUUCGCGAGCUGCCAAAUGUUGAUGGAUUUGAACAAGCUCCUGGAUCUAAUAGUUACUUUGAGCUCCCGAACAAAAUCCGUAAAGAAGAUCUUCAAACUUCAAAACAGUCUCCUCUUGUCAACAUUCUUCCUCAUCCAUCUCAACCAGUUUCUGCUCCAUUUGCAGCUACAAACCAAGUUGUUAAUGUGCUCCAGGCUCCACCCACAUUUCUUGAUCGUCCUCCAGAGAAACAACCGGAGAAGAUGAUGCAACAGAAGAAGUCACUUUCGAACAGUACAGAGGAAGGAAACAAAAAGUCGAAAACUCCAAUUCGUACUCGUAUGACAAGUUUCCAAAACUAUCGAACUACUACGCAGACUCCUAACAAAAGUCAAUCGGUGUCGAUAGCACAGAAUGCGAAAGCUAAAAAGAAAAAUAAGCAGUCGUCGUCAUCUUCUGUCGAUGGCCCUCCGCCAACUGGAUUCUCUGUUCUCAGUAUCUUCCAGAAGAAGAAAACAAAUGUAGAUAAGAGUGAUGCGAAGAAGGUUGAGGAAUAG